GGCCAACACUCAUGGCCGCGCUCAAGGCUCUCAAUCGCGCUCCUCUCCUCGUCAAGCAGCCAAAGGAUAUUCCACUUCCACUCAGCCCCGCUGACUCCGAUGACUAUGCCCAGCCGAGGAACGCCAGAAAGAACAAAAAGCCUCAGGCUAAGCCAAAAACUAAGGUCAAAGGGAAAGACGGACCGCCACCGCCUACACCUCACCCGAUCAACCCCACCUCCCGGAGUCAGGAGAUUCUAGUAGAUGGUGGGCAGCCGUGGACUUGGAGAUCUCUGACGGACUCGAGCACGAACGCGAAUCGACCUCUGUUCACCAGGGACGGCAGCCACUUUUUCUCGAUAUCUGGUAACAAUGUCAAAAUCCACUCCUCUGCUUCGGGCAAAGUUGCAUCAACCCUUCCUGGUACACACCACGGCGGCCAUACGGACGUGGUCACUUGUGCUAUCAUCAACACACAGAACCCUUUUCAGCUCAUAACGGGAUCGCUCGAUGGCACUCUUAAGAUCUGGGACUACUUGGAGGGGAAGCUUCUAUACUCGCUCACUCUCGACCAGCCCAUUUACAACCUCUGCGCUCACUCCACUAUCAAAGGUCACGUAUUUGUUUCAGCCGCGAAGCCCAAAAAGGCGAGGAAUGAUGUCCCAAAAAAGCCAGGCGAGGGCAGCCAGAACCAGGACGAGAGUUGCGUGGUUCUCCGUGUUUCACUAAAGCCGAAAGACUCGUCAUCCGGAGUGAAGAACUUCAAGUCUUCCCAGGUGGUUCCUGUAGGCAAGACAAAACCCACGUCCGGAAUUGAGAUUUCUGCCAGCGGCCAGUGGCUAGUUGCUGUCGCGGGGCAUAAGGCAUACGUUGCCAAGACUUCGGCUCUCAAAUCCGGCUUCACGAAGUAUGUUUCGCCAGACCCGCUGACCUGCCUGGCCGUGCAUCCAUCGCAGGACUACUUUGCGACAGGUGACGCGCGAGGUGUCAUCCGACUAUGGUACUGCCUUAAUGAGGAUAUGCCCAAAGUUACUGGUGUUGAGAAGAGAGCGCAGACUUCGACAUUUCACUGGCACGCACAUGCCGUGUCAUCAAUCGCAUUCACAUCGAAUGGUGCUUAUCUAUUGAGUGGUGGCGAAGAGUCGGUCUUGGUCAUUUGGCAACUGCACACUCAGAAAAAGGAGUUUGUUCCUCGAGUAGGAUCGCCCAUCAAGAGCAUCGUCGUAUCCCGCAAUACUUCCUCAGAGGAAGAAUAUUUGCUUGGUUUGGCGGACGCAAGUUAUGCCUUCGUCAAUUCGACAACUCUAAAACUUGCGCGUGUUUUCUCUCGAAUAAAGAUUGAUCCAGACGUCCCGAGUAGAUGGGACAUACCUACGCCACUGGCAGUUCAUGUCAAUUCCUCGACGUUAAUUCUUCCGUCUUCGCACCCCUCGUCUCUCCAAACAUAUUCUAUCGACUCCUCUAUGGUGACAUCCGAACUCGAGGUGUCGCCGUCGAAUCGAGUUUCCCGCCGAGACGAGAAGGCCCUGCAACCAUCACGCGUAGAACGCAUAGCAUUAUCCUUCUGCGGUCAUUGGAUGGCAACUCUUGAUCGUAGAUUAGAUGACGAAGACAUUCAUGGUGAAAGUUACCUUAAAUUUUGGCGAUGGGAUAAGCGGAUAGCAUUCUGGAUAUUGAAUACCAGAGUCAACAAACCGCACGGACAACAUAGGAUAACUUCCAUGUCCUUCAAUCCGGUAGGGAUGGACAACGUAGAUCUACUUCAGUUAGUUACAACUGGUGAAGAUGGGUGCGUCAAAAGCUGGAGGUUGCGUAUUGACAGAGAAAUACAAAAUGCUUCGUGGACGGGUAGAUCGCAAUUCGGCUUCCGGUCUGAGAUACCAAGGCACAUAUCGUGGUCGCCAGACGGAAGUCUUCUAGCAAUUGCUUUGGACCCGUAUGUGGCCGUGUACAACCCUGUCACAAACUCUCUCAGGUAUACUAUCAUAUGCUCCAACUGCAAGCAUGUGACUUCGGCACACUUUGUUGGCGCCAGUGGUCGAUAUUUGGUAGUGCAGGGUGGGAGUGACCUGAUUUUGUGGGAUAUGGUAACACAGUCAAUGAGGUGGCAUUACCGCAAUGAUGGCACCAUUUACAAAGUUGUUUCACAUCCCCACCAUGACUUGUUUGCCAUAUUCCACACGAGUCGGCUUGGUGUGCGCUUCACGACGGACCUAAAACUGUUCGGUGUCAAAUCCAGUCGACCUACCAUAUCCCAUACUUUUCCUUUCGGACUGCGGUCAGUAGCGUGGCACACUAACCCAAGAAAGUCAAGACAACCAUCGUUCUCUCUUGUCGGCAUCACUCAAAGCUACAGCGUCGUUCUAUUAGGCAACAAUCUUACCAAUGCUGAAGAUGAAGAUGACGUUUCCAAAGCCCUCCCGCGCAACUUGACCGAACAAAAAAGGACAUUGUUUGAAGAGAUGUUCGGCAUCUCAGCCUUUGUAGACGUCAAAUCGCCUUCGAAUGUUUCUCAAUCAAACGUCAAUACUGCUUUACCAUGGAAACAACAAGACACUAGUCGUAUCCUCGAUACACCUGCUUUCCUUAUGCCACCAAUGGAGACUUUGUACGACUCUCUGAUCAGUGGUUUCCUGCGACUUCGGACAAACGAUCAAGAUCAACAACUCGACGGCGUAUCAGAGACUGCUGCCGAAGAUGGAAUGGAUAUCGACCAGGAUGUAGAAGAUGUCACAAACAAUACUCUGGGACUUGACGAGGCUGAGAAGGAACUACAGCUUUUCGGCGAUUUCUUCGAGAAAAUGACCGGCUCAUCAGGAUAUCCACUCCUCGCAAAGAAUGCUAUGCCCUCUGAACGGUCCACGCCACCGGCUAGUAGAUCGCUUAGAUCGCAAAAUCGAGCGACGCCUAUGUCCCAAGUCAUCCCGCCCGAUACAUUCCAGUCCCCUGAUGUGCCUACGCAAGUUGGCAAAAAGCGGAGCAGGAAUAAAGCAUGAAAAUAGGAGAUAACUGGAAACCUCUGCUCUUGUUGCUGUAACUUGGAAUGAGGUAUAUUAUCUAUCGCUGUUGCAUCACUAGCACCUCACUUGUUCCCUGCAUUCAUCAUGUUCGCUGCAUUGUAGCAUAACGCAUAUUGCCGUCUCUUACUCACGUAUGCUGCAAC